AUGGGUCGUAUUCACUUGGAAUCAUCAGAUUCAUGGACAAGCUCUGUCCAAGACAAGCCAAAUGCUGAUACAUCGAACACAGUCUUACUGGAGCAAGGAGGAAUCCAGGAAGCUUGGGCCGAAAUUGAGAAUCUCGGCGGUGGAGGAAGACUUUUCGCCGGCGAGACUAGGAAGAAGCUGGAGAAGAAGAAGAGCCAAGUGUUGCUGGAAGGUUACGUGGAGGCUGCUACGGCUCUAGAUGAUCUGACGAGCGCUAAGAGCUUGACGGAUGAUGAUCUUGAGGAGCUUAAAGGUUGUUUAGAUCUAGGGUUUGGAUUCAGCUACGAUGAGAUCCCUGAGCUCUGCAACACUUUGCCUGCUUUAGAGCUUUGUUACUCCAUGAGCCAGAAGUUCUUAGAUGAUAAUAAGCAGAACCACCUCAAGUCCCCGGAGGUUUCUUCGGUGGAAGAAGAUUCCUCGUCGCCACAACCGACCACGACCACGACCAGUCCAAUCGCAAAUUGGAAGAUCUCUAGCCCUGGUGAUAAUCCAGAUGAUGUAAAAGCUAGACUCAAAUACUGGGCACAAGCUGUUGCUUGCACUGUCCGAUUAUGCAGCUGA